AUGCCGAGUCAGACACAGCUAAAUGAAAUCGCUCUCGGUUUAGAGCUUUCCGGUUUACCUUUCUUCUGGGUGUUAAAGACUCAACGUGGACCGUGGGAUACCGAACCGGUCGAGCUUCCCGAAGGUUUCGAAGAGCGGACCAAGGAGAGAGGGAUGGUUUGGAGAGGCUGGGUUGAACUACUGAGAACGUUGAGCCACGAUUCGAUCGGUUUGGUUUUGACUCAUAGCGGUUGGGGAACGCCAAUAGAAGCUAUCCGGUUUGCUAAACCGAUGGUGGUGUUGGCUUUUAUGAAUGACCAAGGUUUAAAUGCCAGGGUGAUAGAGGAGAAAAAGAUUGGGUAUAUGAUCCCUCGGGAUGAGACAGAAGGUUUCUUUACCAAAGAAAGUGUUGCUAAGUCGUUGAGAUUGGUAAUGGAAGAUGAAGAAGGAAAGGUCUAUAGAGAGAAUGUGAAGGACAUGAAAGGAGUGUUUGGAGACAUGGAUAGGCAAGAUCGUUAUGUUGAUUCUUUCUUGGAUUAUCUUGUUGCUAAUCGUUACUUUGAGCAUGAGUCUUGA